AUGGAGAUAACAGAAGCAGCUGAGAAAUCAAGUUCCAAAGGCCAAGCAUGGUUCUGCACAACUGGGUUACCAAGCGACAUUGUGGUUGAAGUAGAAGACAUGACCUUUCAUCUUCACAAGUUCCCUCUCAUGUCGAAAAGCCGAAAGCUUCACAACCUGAUUGCAGAGCAAGAGGCCAACCCAACACACCCCCAACAAGAGCUAGAAGAAGAGCCAGACGAAAUUGAAGAAGUGCAGUGUCAAAUAGUCCUCCCAAACUUCCCGGGCGGCUCCGAGACCUUUGAAAUCGCCGCUAAAUUCUGCUACGGCGUCAAAAUCGACCUCAACUCGACCAAUGUGGGACCUCUCCGCUGCGCCGGAGAGUAUCUAGAGAUGACAGAAGAGUACUCCGAAGACAACCUCAUCUCCAAAACCGAGAGGUUCCUGUCUCAAGCCGUGUUCAAGAGUUUCAAGGAGUCCAUCAAAGCUCUCAAAUCCUGCGAGCGCGUCAUGCCACUCGCGGAGACGUUAGGCAUUACACAGAGAUGUAUCGACUCCAUAGCUAACAGAGCCACCAACGCCGAUCCCAGCCUGUUUGGCUGGCCGGUCAAUGAAGUCGCCCCGAAUCCAAACUCAUCCAAACACCAGAUUCUGUGGAAUGGGAUUGACACUGGUGGAAGAAGAAAAGGGAUUUCUAGAGCAAACCAUCCAGAUUCUUGGCUUGAAGAUUUGGUCCUCUUAAGCCUCCCUUUCUUCAAGAGAUUGAUUCUAGCAAUGAAGAGCGGAAAUCUGAGUCGUGAAAUGGUGGAGACUUGUUUGAUGUAUUACGCCAAGAAAUACAUCCCCGGAAUCUCAAGAUCGACCCGAAAGCCUUCUUCUUCCACCACCACAACUUCUGGCUCCUCUUUAGCUUCGGAGAGCCAACAGAGGGAGCUGUUGGAGACUAUAAUCUCGAACCUUCCAUUGGAGAAGACACCAAGACCUUCAACGAAUACAAGAUUUCUAUUUGGGUUGUUGAGAACGGCGAACAUCUUGAACGCCUCGCAGGGGUGUAAAGCCGCAUUGGAGAAGAAGAUUGGGUCGCAGCUCGAGCAAGCUAGCUUGGACGAUCUGCUCAUUCCGAGCUAUUCGUAUCUGAAUGAGACUCUAUACGACGUCGACUGCGUGGAGAGGAUUCUGGGGUAUUUUCUGGACGGGUUAGAGAGGAACCGAAACAGAAACAGAGAUGGGAUUGAAGAUGAAGAUGAAGAGGAAGAGCGUGAUAUUGAAUGCGCUACAUCGCCGGCGCUGAUGCUAGUCGGGAAACUAACCGACGAGUAUCUGUCUGAGAUUGCGUCGGAUGCUAAUUUGAAGCCGGAUAGGUUCUACAACUUCGCAAUGGCGCUGCCGGAGCGAGCGAGGCUGUUCGACGACGGGCUUUACAGAGCUGUGGAUGUUUAUCUCAAGGCGCAUCCGUGGAUAUCGGAACCGGAGCGGGAGAAGAUAUGUGGGAUUCUGGAUUGCCAGAAGCUCACAUUGGAGGCGUGCACUCACGCCGCCCAGAACGAGCGGCUGCCGCUGCGCGCCGUCGUACAGGUCUUGUUCUUCGAGCAGCUUCAGCUCCGUCACGCCAUCGCCGGUACUCUGAUAGCUGGGGAGGCUGCGCCGUUAGAGUCCAGUCGGCCCUCAGUGUUGCGACGAGAGGCGGAGAGUGAGGAGGAGGACGAGGAGGAGGAAGGUGGCGCGGUGGAGGUGCACGCGGAGGAAGGAGGCGGAGGCACGUGGAGGUCGGCUGUGAGGGAGAACCAGGUGCUGCGAUUGGAUAUGGAUAGCAUGAGGACGCGGGUCCAUCAGCUUGAGCGGGAGUGCUCCAACAUGAAGAAGGUGAUCGAAAAGAUUGACAGUAAGCCGCCGGGUCAACCCGAUGGGCGGACCGGAUGGAAAGGGUCGUUGACCCGGCGGUUCGGGUGUAAGUUCAAGACCCAGGUGUGUGAUUCGCACGAGCCGACGGUCGUGGAGGGGAGGAAAGGGCGGCGCCACCAUCAUCAUCAACAAUAGUGUUUGGUACCCCGGAAUGAGGCCUCUGUGAUUUCUUUUUUGUUUGUAAUUGAUUGACGCUUUCACUCUAAUGAUAGGUCGCCGAUUCGACACACAUCUUUUGAGGGACACAUGAGAAAUUACGAUAUGUUAUUAUUAUUGGGGUGAAAGCAUCAAAGCAAAAGCGUUACAUGGUAAUAGUGCAAAUGUGACCUUUUCAUGCAUUCUUUGCUUUUGCUUUUGCUUCUUUUGAUUGAAAGUUCUAAGGGAGUUGGUGUGACUUUAGGAAGCCCCUAGGCUCCAAG